AUGGAUACGAAUGAAACCGCUCCAGUAGUUCUGCAAACAAAGCAGCACUUCGAAGUUCUGGACGGAUUAAGGGGAAUUGCUGCGCUGGCCGUUGUAACGUUUCAUUUUAUGGAAUGGGUUUAUGUUGAUCAAAGCAAGAACUUUAUUGGACACGGUUUUUUAGCUGUCGAUUUCUUCUUCUGUCUUUCGGGAUUUGUGAUCGGAUAUGCCUAUGACGAUCGUAUAGCAAAAAUGGACGUUCUUGAGUUUUUUAAAUCAAGGAUCAUUCGGCUUCACCCGCUGAUUAUAGUAGGAUCAGUAUUAGGCCUGCUGGCAUUUUUGUUCGACCCAUUUGGUGGCCAUCCCGAAUUGUACAGCACCGACAAAAUCAUAUUGAUAUUUUUUUGCUCGAUACUGCUUAUUCCUUUGCCUGUAAUAGCCGACCGUGGUUUUAAUCUGUUUAGCUUCAAUGCACCGUCAUGGUCUUUGUUUUGGGAAUAUGUCGCCAAUAUCGUCUACGCAUUGGUACUUUAUAAGAUCACUCGUGGCUAUCUGCUGCUGUUCAUGAUACUCUCGGCGGUGUCUAUUUGUUCGGUAUGUUACCAUGCCGGCAAUUUAUUGGGCGGCUGGAGCGGCCCAACCUUUUGGCACGGGAGCGCUCGGAUAUCGUAUUCUUUUUUAGCAGGACUUCUUGUUUACCGUUCCAAUUGGAUCAUCAAAAGCAAGCUGGGAUUUAUCGACAUAGCCAUUUUAUUGCUCAUUGCCUUUAUCAUACCAUUCUCAAAAUGGAAUUGGUUAUCUGAACCUUUCGUAGUAUUGUUUUACUUUCCCUUGCUGAUCGCUUUAGGCGCAGGAGCUACGUUAACACCUAGCUUAAAAAAGGUUUGCAUAUUCUCGGGAAAGAUCUCUUACCCAUUGUACAUGACGCAUUACGCUGUGCUAUGGAUGUUUGGUAAUUAUUACAUCAGUCAUAAACCAGGCACUACGCAACUGACGCUCAUCAUCACAGCUGGACUAAUCCUGUUGGUCGGGGCAGCGUACUUUGUAAUGAUAAUUUACGAUAUUCCCGUGAGAAAAUAUUUAAACAAUAAACGAAGUGAAAGGCUUGCUAAAUAA